AUGUUUUUACCUCAACUAACACAUUCUGUAUUUUCUGUUUCCGCCAGUUCUUCGUCAACUGACCUUGCAGCCCGGCGUGGGGUCUUCAGUCGUCGCCAUUAUGGGUCUAUUGAAAUGUUGGCUUCUGUUGAGAACGAUGGCGCUGACCUUUUUAGAAGAUUUCGAGUCGAAAAUGGGGAAAGAGUGGAAAAAGAUGAACUCUACGGAUCGCCAAGCACACCCGUUUUAGAAAACCCAGAGUAUCAAACCAGAUGGUACUUUAAGUACUUCCUAGGACGACUUCAUCAAAAUUAUGCUGGAGCAGACGUCGAGAAAGUUCCUUUCUUUCUGUCCGUAGUUCUCAUUGAUUCUAAUACCCAAGGUCUUCAGCAAUACAGAGCCAUCUUGUGGCGAAAGACGGGAGCCCAAAAGAUCUGCUUGUCUCAUAGGCCUACACAGGGUAAACCUCUAACGGUUAAGUCCAUAUUAAGCAACUUUCAGAACCUGGACAAAUUGGAAAAAGGACCGCGAGAAAUCUUCAUUCCAGAAUUACAGAAGGAUCUGCUUCUUCUUGAAGAACAAGAGGGCUCGGUUAACUUCAAGUUUGGGGUUCUGUUUGCUAAAGUAGGGCAAACUGUCGACGACGAGAUGUUUAGCAAUGAAUCUGGAACUAGAGAGUUCGACGAAUUUCUUUCGUUGCUUGGAGAGCGGAUAAGAUUGAAAGGAUGGAACAAGUAUAGAGGAGGCCUAGACGUCAAAGGAGAUAUGACUGGGAAAUACUCCAUUUAUACUAUAUACGAAGGGCAUGAAAUAAUGUUUCAUGUCUCGACGCUACUGCCUUAUUCUAAAGACAAUCGACAACAAGUUGAACGAAAGAGACAUAUCGGCAAUGAUAUAGUCAACAUUGUGUUUUUGGAUGGAAACCACCAGGACCACUCUUCCUUCAAGCCUUCAAUGAUCAAGUCCCAGUUUACACAUAUCUUUGCUGUUAUAACUUAUGAUUCAGAAGGUGAGACCUUCAAACUCUCCGUGUAUUCUGAAGAAUCAGUGCCAUUGUUUUGCCCAACUCUACCAUGUCCUCCAGUAUUCAGAAAUGCACAAGAGUUUCGUGAAUUUUUACUCGUGAAACUGAUAAAUGGUGAAAAAGCGGCGUUCAACACACCGACCUUUUCACAAAAAAGGGAACGGACCCUGGAUAUGUUGAUAAAAGAUUUAUACGCGGAGCAUAUGGCGGAUAAUCGUGGGACAAUGUUAAACAGAAGAGCUUUUAGUGACGUACUUUCGGAAGCUCCGCGUGGCUCAAGGAGGAAAGAAGAAGCCCGCCAGGUUGAGUUUGUUCGUAUAGGGCAGGCUCUUAAAUUAGACACUAUCGUGAAAGGUGACGCACCAACGAGUCUUGCCACAACAAGCCUAUUCAAACGAGAACCAUGGGAACCGCAAUGCUUUUAUCCAGAUUUUCCUUAUGAUAUUGUGUGCGGAGACUCAUGGGGAGAAAAUCGAUUGGUCUUAGCUACCGAAGCUGGUGCAUUUCUAUUGGAAGAGGGCGUGACUCACCGGCCAAUCUUUGACAAGACAGUGCAAAUCAAACAUCUGAAUGUAGUCGAAGCACACGGGAUUCUUUUGUUUCGUGCAGAUAAAGGGAGAGACAGCAGAAUCUAUGUCUACAGACUUUCGGAUUUUGAGAGUGAAGCUAGUGAAAAUGGUGUUCGAAAUAAAACCGACUUGAGAGAUCACAGACUGGAAAAAACGAAAGGUUGCCAUUUAUAUGCCAUUAGUCGUCCUGGAGACAGUCACCUUCGUAUGGUUGUAGCCAUUGGGCGCCGGUUGUUGGUGCUACAGUGGCGCCACUCCACGGCAUGGACAGCAUGGUGUGCAUCAUCAGAUACUGAUACAGUGGAUGGGUUUCAACUGAUUAGGGAGCUCUCUGUACCCGAACCUGCUCAAUUGAUCACCCUGGUGGACAGUCCUGUAAAAGGGGACGACAACCAAAUUUGUGUGGCCUACAAACACGAGUUUGAUUUGGUUAAUGAAAAGACCGGCGAUACUCUGAGACUACACUGUGUUGAAGGAAACAAGGUGCAUCUCGUAUCCGCUGUUGACAUUUAUGAGGAUGAAGAAGCUGAGUUGUUGCUGUCCUACAACCACACUACGCAUUUCCAAAAAUUGUCAGAAGAUAGUUCUACAGACUUGGACUUUCAGUGGAAUGCUGUGCCGGAUACUAUAGUGUGUGCCUUUCCCUAUAUCAUGGCCUUCACAACUGACACCAUCGAGAUUCGUCUUAUUAUCAACGGAAAUCUGCUUCACAACAUGAUAAUGCCGAAACUGACAGCCAUUACCUCAAAGGUAAACAUCUUGUAAACCCGAUAAUUUAAAAUUUUGCGA